CAUGCACAGCAAUGGUGAUGUAUGUAUCUAGUGUGGAUAUAAUUAUGUGUGACGUAUACGUGCAUCUUUUCUCUGCAUCUAUACACACAUGAAUAAUUACAUAUGCAGUCCAUGUACGUUGUGUAUAUCAGUAAUGCUGGUCUGCAUUAUAGUUUGUGCUACUUUGUGUAUCUGUUCACACACAAAAAAGAUUAUGUAUGCAGUGUUUGGUUUGUAUAUAAUUACAUGUAAUGCACAGAAACAUGCUUGUGCUCACAGAUUAUUUGCAUUGAAGACUUAGUGAACCAGGGUGUGUGUACAUGACCGUCUUUGUGUGUCUCUUGGUGAACAACUUCCAGGUGGGCAGCAGAUGUAAUCAUUUACAUUUUGUCCACAUUGCUGCAUGUUUGUGUGUCUGCAUGUUUACUUGUAUGUCCUGUAUUUAUGCGUGUUUGUGUAAGAAGGCAGAGCAGCCUGGGUGAUCUCAGUGAGACAGUAGCAGCAUUGAUAAGCUGAAGGUGGAAGGUGAAUGACAGGUGAAGGCUGUUAUCACCAGAGGUUUGGGCACCACUGUCUGUUGGACCCUGAAAGCUCAUUCUGACAGAUGCAUCUCGUCCCUGGCUGUUGACACUUGGUGGGGGGCUGAUGACAUUUGCUCGACCAAGUGGUUCAGAGUAGCGUCAGCCAGCGCCACGUAGAGCAAACCUGCAAUUUAUACUUCUGCCCCAGGCAUUAAGCUGAAUAAUGACAUGCAAGUGGGAGCCCUCAUCUCCCAGAUCCAGAACCUGACAACCAUAGUUUCCUCAUAGAAGUUUAUCUACUAUGUUCUGUUCUUCUCUAGUUUAAAUAUGCUCACUGUGAGAUGAUUUUGUGAUGAUGAAUAAAAUGUUCUGAUCAUCAUUGUCAUUGUGGAAAGUAGUUUUCUGUUGUGUUUACUGGGAUAUAGAAAUACGCAUUUCGAAAACAUGUUUUGCUGCAUCUCAAUAUCAUGUUGGACCAUCUGUUUUUAAACUGUACAGAUAUAUCCACAGUAAUUUUUACAGCAGUUUUCCCUUCCAUCUCCAUUGUGCUCACAACAAGAACUUUUUUCUUGAAGCCACAUCCCCAGAAUCUACUGUUUCUCAUCCCUGUUCAAUAAAAGAUCCUACAAUGCUGUCAUAUUGAUUCAGCUUGUCCUUUUCAAACUGUUAAGUAAGCUUACCAAAAGAGUCAUUUACCAUAUUGGGCACUGCAUCCACAGGAAGCUCUAAUUGGAGCUUUUGCAUCUGGACAAAAUUAAUUCAGAAUUACUCUGAUUGUGUCAAAACAAACCGUGAAUAAAAUGAGUAAGAAUUACUCUUGUUUUUUCCCACGAGUAAAAUAAAAACACAUCUUCAACUCAGACAAUUGGCAUGUGGCUCAGUUCCAGUGAAAAGGAGGUGCUUUUGGAGUGCUGCCAAUCCUGUUUUCUCAGUUUCUUUUUUUUUUUCUCUUUUCAGAUUACAGAGAGCAAAUGCAGAGGACGUGACCCUUAUCAUAUCCUGAAGGAGACGAGACAUAGAGCCUGACCCUGUGUUUGUCUACAGUGCCAAAGAAGAGCCAGGGAGAAGCCUCCCUGGCCAGAGAAUCACCGCCUUCCUAGCUCCAUUGGGAGCCCUUUAUACCUGCUCCAAGCUGCACUGUGAGGCUCAAAUGUUCUCCUGACUCCACCAGGAGGCUCCCUCCAACCCAUCUGCCAGCUCAGAUAACCCUCUGAUUGUUGGCAACCACAUGUUUGAGGUGACUGUAUGUGACCGCCGCCGCCCAUUCUCGAGCAGCAGCAGCAGCCUCCUACGACCCCGAUCUGCACCAUGCAGUGGAGACGGCGGCACUGCUGUCCCAUCAAGAUGACCUGGACCGUCAAGCGCUCGCUGUUUCGGACGCAUGUGACUGGCCUCCUCUCACUGGCUCUGCUCUUCACUCUCUUUUUAUUUUUCAGCCACCAGGACUGGCUGCCAGGACGCAGUGGGCCUCGUGAAAACCCACUGGCCUAUGCCGUCAGGGGCUUCCGCACUCCCAAAGGAGAAUCCAACCAGAGCAGCUCCCUGAGGAGUCUGUGGAGAGAGGCGGGGUAUGUACCACCAAAGCCUCUGCUCAACCUCAGCUCUCAGCAAGCGGAGGGUGCGGCAGGAGAGGCAACAGGAGGAAUAGGAGGAGGUGGAGGAGGAUCCAGGACUGGUGUAAUGGGGCUGGGGGACUCCAUGAGCACUAACAACAGUUUACAGAAGGAGAUGGGUGUAGGAGGGAAGCUUAGCGCUCAGCCUUACCGCUACAUCCUGAACGAGCCCUUCAAGUGCAGGGACAGCACACCCUUCCUCAUCCUCCUCAUUGCUGCAGAACCAGGACAGGCUGAUGCCCGCAAUGCAAUCCGCCAGACAUGGGGAAAUGAGAGUGUAGCAAUGGGCUUGGGGUUUGUCCGUCUUUUUCUGCUUGGCACGGGAAAGACUUCAGACACCUUCCUGCAGAGCAGCAUAGAGGAAGAGAGCCGUGUUCAUCAUGAUAUCAUCCAACAGGACUAUCAGGACACUUACUACAACCUGACCGUCAAGACCCUGAUGGGCAUGAACUGGGUGGCCACCUAUUGCCCACAUGCCUCCUAUGUGAUGAAGACAGACAGUGACAUGUUUGUCAAUACAGAGUAUCUCAUCCAGAAGUUGCUGAAACCUGACAUGCCUCCAAAGCAGAGGUACUUCACCGGCUACCUGAUGAGGGGCUAUGCACCAAACCGAAACAAGGACAGCAAGUGGUACAUGCCACCAGAGCUGUAUCCAAGCGAGCGCUACCCAAUAUUCUGCUCAGGCACAGGGUACGUGUUCUCAGGGGACAUGGCUGAGCUGAUCUAUCAGGCCUCACUCAGCAUACGCAGGCUUCACCUGGAGGAUGUUUAUGUGGGGAUCUGUCUGGCGAAGCUGCGCAUUGACCCAGCUCCACCUCCCAAUGAGUUCCUCUUCAACCAUUAUCAUGUGCCUUACACCAGUUGUAAGUACAGCCACCUGAUCACAUCCCAUCAAUUCCAUCCUAAUGAACUCAUCAGGGAUUGGAACCACUUGCAGAGCAACAAGCAUAAGCCUUGUUAAGCCAUUAACAUAGUA